GAUCACAGAAUAACGCGAGAUCACCGGCUACUCGGUUCGCCAGGAUUUGAGAGCUGUCAAACAGCGGGGGAAAUAUACAUCUACAGAUAAUCCCGAGUUUACAUAAAUGUGGUCUAACUUUAAUUAAUGCUUUACCAAAACAGUUCUCCUGGGGUAUAUUAAAAACAUACUAGGUGUACCUGUUACCGCUACCACUUCACCUCCUGCUAUUGUAUCAAAGCGCAAGGACAGCUCAUCUUUCUUCAAAGUCUCCUGCGGAUCACAGCUCGCUACAGCAAUGGCGGAUCCCAAAUAUGCCAACCUGCCAGGAAUCGCCACCAAUGAGCCAGACGUGUACGAGACUAGCGACCUGCCGGAGGACGACCAGGCUCAGUUUGAGUCGGAAGAGCUCUGUAGUGACAGUGUUGAGCGCAUCGUGGUCAACCCUAACGCCGCCUACGACAAGUUCAAGGACAAACGGGUCACCACGAAGGGUCUCGACUUCUCUGACCGCAUUAGUCAGACGAGGAGAGUGGGCUACGAGUCUGGGGAGUAUGAGAUACUGGCAGAGGGCUGUGGGGUGAAGGAGAGCCCCCAGCAGAAGUAUCAGCGGCUGCUGAGUGAGAUCCAGGAGCUGAGCCAGGAGGUGGAGUCUAUCCAGGUCAGCACGCGGGAGAGCAGUGCGGAGGAGAGGCUCACCCCAGUGGCUCUGGCCAAGCACGCAGCUCAGCUCAAACAGCAGCUGGUCUCCUCUCACCUGGACUCCCUGCUGGGGCCCCAGGCCCACAUCAACCUGGCCGACCCCGAUGGAGCUCUCGCCAAGCGGUUGCUGACUCAGCUGGAGGUGGCGAGGGGAAGCCGUGGAGGCUCGGCGGGAGAGGGCCGGGCGGCCGGAGCCAAAGGGCCGGACGGCGUGGUGAUGUACGAGCUGCACAGCCGCCCGGAGCAGGAGCGCUUCACUGAGUCUGCCAAGAUUGCGGAGCUGGAGAAGCGUCUUGCAGAGCUGGAGACGGCAGUGGGGUCUGGCUCAGAUAAACAGAGCCCUCUCGUUGCUGGGUUGCAGGGAGGCAGUCUGAUGGACACCAUGAACCUGCUGCAGGCUCGGGUGGGUGUGCUGGACCUGGCCACUCUGGACCAGGUGGAGGCCAGGCUGCAGAGUGUCCUGGGAAAGAUGAAUGAGAUCGCCAAGCACAAGGCAGCCAUCGAAGACGCCGAGACACAGAACAAGGUGUCGCAGCUUUAUGACAUCACACAGAAGUGGGACUCCGUGGCGACAACUCUCCCCCAGGUGGUGCAGAGGCUGAUUGCUGAGAAGGAGCUGCAUGAGCAAGCCAUGCAGUUUGGCUCACUGCUGACAUACCUGGACACCACUCAGCAGAUGAUCAAUAACUCCUUGAAAGAUGACGCCUUACUGCUCUCACAGGUCCAGCAAACCAUGAAGGAGAACCUAAAGGCCAUAGAGGAGAACUUUGCAACGCUGGACCAGAGGAUGAAGAAACUGUCCAAAUAAAUCUGUCGCUCUUCACUCUCAGAGUAGAGGAGGAAGAGGAGGGGAAAAGAGGAAUGAACAUUUUCUCCUUCAUCCUCUCCUGUAGCCCUUUCUCGUCUCUGCCUUUUGUUUGUUUUUCUUUUUUUUUGUUAUUUUUGCAAAGUUGGAAUGUAGGAAAAAACCGAACGAGACCAAAUGCUCCCACACUACAGUACCCUUGCACCUGCAUCGUUUCUCUGACCAGGCUGCCUUUAUAUCCUUUGGUUUUUUUUAAACAGCCGCCUGGUAUAAAUCACAUUCUUACUUGUAAAGCAGAGUAGGGCGUGGUUUUCGAGUGCCCGUUAGGGCGUCUGGACCCACCCACAGGGGCAGUUCUGAGGUGGAAGGUCACCAAGGCCAUUUGUACAGGAGUGCAUCAUGGGUAAAAACGUCCACUAACUGAAGAGGGAAUUAGAUUGAGGACCCGCUGGUUCUUGGGCCUUGGUGAGGAAGGGCAGGAAGAGAUGCUUGUAAAUAUGCCUGCAUACCUUAAAAUAUUUUCGUUGCUUGUUGUAUUGACUGAUUUGCCACAGAAUGGGAGACAGGUGACAUUACUACAAUGGGCUGCCAAUCACUGCCCUUUUUGAACCAAUCAGAAAGUUUCCACAGAAAAAUGCUUAACGAUUGGUUCAAAUUGGUCAAUUGCUGAUGGCAAAGUAGCUCCACCUGUUCGUCACUCUCCCAUCUCUACAGAUAACUUUGCUUUGUCAAUGCCUACAAUGGACUGUCCUGUACAUUGGACUGGUGUUGGAAACUGAAAUAAAUGUGCUUCAUCCACA